AUGGGUCUCAAAGGAAAAGACUCUUCUAGCAAUGCAUUGGCAGUACAAUUAGAUGCAAAUGGCAAAGUUAAAUAUGAUCUUCUUGCUCGUCAAGGACAUUCGAAAGACAAAAUUGUUUAUAGUAAAUUGAGUGAUUUGUUACCAUCGGAAAUAACGAAUGAAAAUGAUCCAAGUCUUCAACGUCCAUCUGAAGAAGAAAUAGCAGAUAUAACUGAACGUACAAGAAAAGCAUUGGAAAAAAUAACAUCAUCUAAAAUUGAAGCAGCAAUGCCAGUACGUUGUGCUGAAAAAUUAGGUCCAGCACAAUAUAUACGUUAUACACCAUCACAACAAGGUCAAUCAUAUAAUUCUGGUGCUAAACAACGUGUUAUAAGAAUGGUAGAAGCACAAGUAGAUCCAAUUGAACCACCUAAAUUUAAAAUUAAUAAAAAAAUACCACGUGGACCACCAUCACCACCAGCACCAGUGCUACAUUCACCAACACGUAAAGUCACUGUUAAAGAACAAAAAGAAUGGAAAAUUCCACCUUGUAUCAGUAACUGGAAAAAUGCAAAAGGUUACACAAUACCAUUGGAUAAACGUUUAGCUGCUGAUGGUCGUGGUCUUCAACAAGUUCAUAUUAAUGAAAAUUUUGCUAAAUUAGCUGAAUCAUUAUAUAUUGCUGAUAGAAAAGCAAGAGAAGCUGUUGAAAUGAGAGCACAAUUUGAAAAAAAAAUAGCUCAAAAAGAUAAAGAAAAGAAAGAAGAUUACUUGAAACAAUUGGCACAAAAAGCUAGAGAUGAAAGAGCUGGUUUGAAAUCAGCUGCUGCUCUUGAUAAAGCUGAAGAAUCACGUGAAAGAGAUCAGCUCAGGCAAGAAAGACACAAAGAUAGAGCUAGAGAUAGAAAUCUUGCUCGUGCUGCACCUGAUAAAAGAUCAAGACUUCAACGUGAACGUGAAAGAGAUAUUAGUGAACAAAUUGCUUUGGGAAUGCCUGCUAAAAAUAUAUCAAAUACUGGAGAAGCACAGUUUGAUCAAAGAUUAUUUAAUACUUCAAAGGGUAUGGAUUCUGGUUAUGGUCAUGAUGAUGAGUAUAAUGUUUAUGAUAAACCUUGGCGAGAUACAAAUGCAAUUGGAUCACAAAUAUAUCGUCCCAGUAAAAAUAUUGAUAAAGAUAAUUAUGGUGAUGAUCUAGAAAAAUUAGUUAAAACAAAUAAAUUUGUUCCUGAUAAAGAAUUCAGUGGUACUGAUCGUUCUGUUGUAAGAACUGGUCCAGUACAAUUCGAAAAAGACGAAGAGGAUCCAUUUGGUUUGGAUCAAUUUUUAAAACAAGCCAAACGUGCAAGUGGAACAUCAGCAUCAACAUCAACAACAACAGCAACACCAGCUACAGCAUCAUCAUCUUCUAACUCAUCAAAACGUAAAGACGACAGAGAUCAACGACGAGAUGACCGAGACAAGAGACGUAAACAUUAAUUAUAUUUAAUUAUUGCAAUUAAAAUUGUCUGUACUUUGAUAAAAAAAAAAAAAAAAAGCAACACUUCCCAGAUGACCAUAUUCUAGAAAAUUUCCGGAAAAUUACUGGAACAAUUAAUCAUUAUUUUUUCAUGUAAUUAUACAAUGUAUUGUAUAUGCUAAUUAUUCACAAAAAAAAUUAUGUUAUUGUAAAGAAAAUAACAAAACAAAAAAUUUACUUUUAUCAAUUUUAAUAUUAUUAACUCUUAUUAUUUUUUCAUGUUGAAAUAAA